AUGAGUGCAAUCUACGAGGAGCCUGGGGACGCUGGCGUGGUCAAUGAGCCCGUCAAGGUGUUAAUCGCGCUCCACGAAGGCAUGGAUGCUAUGGACGUUGUUGGACCAUUGGAAGUUUUUUCGUGGGCUAUGCACCAGCCAAAGAAGCCGGAAACCAAAGCCUUCCGCGUCAUCUUCGCUGCUGAAGGAGAGGAGGUCACCAGCGCUCAGGGCGCUACCUUCAACGCCCACAUGUCCUUCGCCGAAGCUAUGAAGCGUCUCGCUGAAAUUGACGUCCUCGUCAUCCCUGGCGGCGGCACCGAGGCCAUCCUCAAGUCCAAGGGCCAGCCGCUGCCAUUGAUCAAGCAGUUCGCUGAGACCCAGAAGAAGCAGCCACACCGCGAGCGUACCUUGAUGAGCGUCUGCACCGGGUCCAUGUUCCUCGCCGAGUGCGGUGUUCUGGCCGGCUUGAGCGCUACCACGCACCCAGACUACGUCACCAAGCUGGAGAUCCUGUGCUCCAACGUCGCCAUGCGUGACAUGGCCGACCGCUGCGACGUCACCGAGCAGAGGUACGUGGUCAACAACCUCCGCUUCGAUCUCGGCGAAGACGAAGAGUCCAACCCAUACAUCAUGAGUCGCAAGGAGUACAAGGAGCACAAGCGCCGGAAGAGCUCGGCCGGCGGCCCACCAUCUCCCAUCGAGGAGCGCUCCAACGGUGCCAGGCCAUCGGGCGGACGCAAGGGCAGCAUGAGCUGGAAGGCUAGCAACAACCGCCGCGAGAGUGUGCUCAAGCGCAGCACUUUGCGUCUGGGCGGCUUGCGUGUCCUUACCACUGGUGGUGUCACUGCUGGCAUUGAUGGUGCUCUCUACAUGGUUGGAGCUCUGGUCAGCGAUGACGCUGCUGAUGAGGUUGCUCGCGUCAUGUGUCACAAGUGGGUCAAGGGUAUGGUCGUUGAUGGGACUGAUGUUUAA